CACACACACACACACACACACACACACACACACACACAGACAGACAGAAAACUAUCACCUCUGUCACAAAUGUCCCCAGGCCAUUGAGACAAAAGUUUCCACACAGAAAGUUGAAAUGUCACAGACCAAGAGACAAAGCUUUGUUAGGGUUGUAUGAAGUAGUGGUUUCUUACAAGUAUUAGUAUCACAACCUGACACAGAGAGAAUUAAUAAACAGCUGUGAGACAAUCUGUUGACAUUAUAGCCUCCCGUAUAUUCUCUCUACUGUGGAGCGUGGUUUUUGAAACGUUAGCCAAACAUUCAUUCUGUGGCCAAAUUUGCAUUUCUUUUUUUUUUUUUUUGUCAAAGUUGCUAGUGCUGUCUACUUGCUCACUGGGUUUUAAUAAAAAAAAAAAAAGACAUCAGUUUAGCAUCGCUUGUACACAGAUGCACCAAAGAGUCCAGCUUAUAGUCUAUAAGUGUAUGUGUCUGUUCUCUACUAUUUAAGUGUUUGUGGUUGAGGGAUAAUUACAAGCCUCUGAAACAACCAUGUCAACAGCCAGCUAUGCUACACACACACACAUGCACACGUUCAUGUGUGUGUAGAACUGGACCUGCCAAUGGAACUAUUUCUAUCCAGGGGUCAGUCGGCACUAGACGAUGUGUGUUAGCAGCCACUUUACCCUGAAAGCAACAGAACAACUUUCCACAAACAGGGCAAACUGCACCCAAACCUUCAACACUUCCUCUGACCACAUGUGAUGUCUGAGCUCGUUUAGAAAUGGUUGAAAUCAAUAUCAUAAUAACAAUAAUAAUUUUCACUAUAUCACCAUCACAAUGUGGCAAAAUAUGCAAAAUCACAUAUAAGAUAAUCACAAAAUUUACGUCAGACAAAUCUCUGUCAUACGCACAAAACAACUUCACUAAUUCAUACCGGCAUAAGUUGCUGACAAAAAUAUUGACUUAGUCCGACCACACGCUGCAGUGCUGUGGACACACACGACACACAAUCCUACAUGUUUCCACAGUGACUGGUAGUCAUGGCAGAGGCCACAUGGACUAGCUACCUGCUGUGAGACGCACAAGUCUCUUUCACACAUGGAGUAUGUGGUAUUGCUGAAUUUUUUUAAGUUCAACAACAGACUUUUCUCAUGAUUAUCAUGUCCCUAUUGUGUAAACAGUUUUAGUUUCAAGCCUCAGUUACCUGAAAUGUCUGCCCGUUUAUGCUCAUGGCAUGGGAGGAGUUCUUAUGCCGUCACCACGUCUUGAGCAGUGCUAACGUCUAUAAAGCUGAUCCCUUGAAAGGAAAUGCACUAUUUAGUGGAACUCUAUUCAAAUGGAAAUGGAGCUAUUUCAAUAAUCUCAUAAAAUCUGACUUGUGUGAGCUAGAGUUCCAUCUAUCAUAACGGCACACCUGUGCGUAUAGCCAAGAGCACAUGUUGGUUCUCUUAUACGCCUCGUAUCAAAUCCAGGAGUGUGAGUGGGACAAAUGAAUAAUCACCUGAAACCAAACUCUUUUCUCGACAGAGUGGGCUACAACUCUCCAGUAACUUCUUAAUGAAAAACGUUUGCCGGCACUAAAUCCUCCUCCUUUCGGCUGCCGUGUGGCCUCUUUGUGGCACUGUGGCAUCUCUCCGCCACACCCUCUAGAAUAACAAGCAGUCAUAGUAAGGGUGAGAUGGGCGGAUGGAUGGAUGGAUAGGAUGACUAAACAAGUCAACGCAGGAAUGAAUGAACAUUAUGGUGCUGUAUAACAGGAAGGUCUGUUAUGCCAUGUAGUAGCCACACCCUCUGCAAUAACAAGCAUGUGGGGUGAAAAGAAAAACCAGGAAUGAAUGAAUGGAUAGAGGAAAAAUGUUGAGGACAUAAUGGGCUCAAUGGGACGGAGUUAAAUUAUGUCUUGGUAACAUGGUUGAGAAAGUUGAAAUUUGCCAUCUAGAAUCACUUAAGUCUGUGUUACAGUUGGUCUCGGCCUCCUUCUCACUUAGCAGUCAAAAGCACACUGAGCUAAUUCUGCUCUUUUAGAAGAGCAGGACAGAUGCAGAUUGUCUGGAAACCAGUUUAUAAUCACACAGUGAUGGAGACCCAAAACUACAGAUGCUGUUCCUCUGGUUUAGUUCUGGAGUAGAGACACGGGGAGAUACUUGUUUAUUUUCGCCCUGAUGAAUUUGGUUCAGUCUGGCAGACAUGGAGAGCUUAGCCAAAGAGACAAAAGCAGAGGAGAUUCAACACAAAACUUGUCUUAUAGUGCCAAUUCCACGACACUUGACUCCAAAUAUCUAAUAUAUAUCUUGUAUACGACAGACAAACGCACAUGAAAAUGCUUUAUCCUCUAAACUUUCCUUCACACAAGAGCCUGUGGAAUUUAGACAUUCAGCACUAAUUCGGAACAUAUGCUCUAAACUUUGCACCCAUCUUUCCCCCUCAGCCUAAGAUACACUGUUCACCCAAGGUAGCUUCAAAAAUCUCACACCAAUAUUAGAUGUUAGAUUAGAUUAGUCUGCAAUACAAUUGUCCUGGUGCACAUAUUUUCAGAAAUAUAUUGUUUUUUCACCAGCAUGAUGAUCACGUUUUCUUCAAAUGACUAUUUUCCUCCUGUUCUAAUAGAAUUCCCUGUUUAGAGGAUUUUUUUCCUUUUCUUUUGUACCAUCCAAAUCUCCAUGAGGGUUGUAGGCCAAUCCAGCAGCCUCUCGCAUUUGUUUUGUCCGUAUUCUGACGAAGUAAAAGACAAUUUUGUGUGUGUUGUAAAUGUGAGUGUGAGUGAGUGACAGCUCUGUGUGUGUGUCUCUGCGUGCAGCAAGGACUGCGCUGACAGCAGAAUGGCUUGCUCUGUUGGAGGGAAUUCACACUUCACAUCAGAUCAUCACAACCAAACUGUCUCUCACACACACACACACACACACACACACACACACACACAGAGAGAGUUUCACUCUGCUUCUGAUACACUGAACAGAAUGUUGCAAGAACUCCACACAGUUUCAUACAAGAUAUCUGUGCCCCCACCAUGUCUCUCUCACACACACACACACACACACACAGUAGUGCUUCAACCCCACAGAGAAACAGACUAGUCAUACUGAGCAGCCAGACAAUAGUUCUGUCAAUCAACGUCAGAUCCUGCUUAGCUGUAGAGCCUGAGGCCUUCCAGUGGACAGCUAGUUAGCCUGUGUGAAGGAAACCGACACCAGCCUCAAGCACAUGUACAAGGCUCCAGCUCCAACUCCAACUUCCCAUCACUUCUCUUGACCUGCAUGUGUGUGCAGUUGGUAACUCUGUGUGUCCCACUCAUUACCACAGUGGAGAGAGUGGGGUCAAUAAGUCAAUCAGUGCAAGAAGUCACUCUCUGUCUAGUAUGAAGUUGAUGAAUUAACAGCAUUAAACUUCUGCAUACUGUACUUCAAUGUAAUUACCAAACUGCUUUACAUUCUAUUUUUAGAUGAAUGGCAACCUACAAGAGGCAGAAGGAGUUCAGUUGCAUCUUUUUCACAUUGUAAAAAAUGUAUAUUUUAUCAUUAUUCAUAUUUCAAUAUCCCAAUGUUUGUAUUUUAGCGCUGUGCUAAACCAUUUUCUCCAGUUACUUAUAUACUUAAAGGUUCUGCUAAAUGAUUUGGCUGCAGCCCUAAAAAAAAUGUAAAGUUUGUUGCAAAUGUGAAACUUUUUGAUGGUGGUUCAAUUCUGACAAUUAAUCCCAAACACAGACUUUGUGUCUAAAGCUGAUGUGAUACACUUGGAUCUCUCUGUUUAUUUUUACUCUCAUGGAAAUCGGUGUCACUUAAAGGAAUUCAUGUAAAUUAAAUGGUGUUUUUUUUUGUAUUUUUUAUGUCUUUCAGGCGGGACCAAAGACAUUGGAUCAGCAUUGACCAGGAUGUGUAUGAGACAUCGCAGCAUAGAGGCUAAGCUCAAACACUUCUCCAUGGCCUUCCUGGAGGGUCUGAUCAACCCUCUACAAGACCAGGUGGAGGAGUGGAAAAGAGGAGUCAACACUUUGGACAAGGACCAUGCUAAAGAGUAUAAAAGAGCCCGGCAGGAAAUUAAGAAGAAGUCCUCGGACACACUGAAACUUCAGAAGAAAGCCAAGAAAGCUGAUAAUCUGGGUCGUGGUGAUAUCCAGCCCCAGUUGGACAGUGCCAUGCAGGAUGUCAGCGAUAAAUACAUUCUGCUGGAGGAGACGGAGAAACAGGCCCUGAGGAAGGCUCUUAUAGAGGACAGACAGAGGUUCUGCUGUUUCGUAGCCAUGCUGCGGCCUGUAGUGGAUGAGGAGAUUUCUAUGUUGGGAGAGGUCACCCAUCUCCAGGCGAUCUCUGAUGACCUCAAAGCCCUGACUUCUGACCCACACAAGCUUCCCCCUGCUAGUGAACAGGUGAUCAUGGACCUUAAAGGCUCAGACUAUGGUUGGUCAUAUCAAACGCCACCCUCAUCCCCCAGCACCACGAUGUCCCGGAAGUCUAGCAUGUGCAGUAGUCUGAACAGCGUUAACAGUAGUGACUCCCGGGGAUCCAGUGGCUCUCACUCUCAUUCUCCUUCCUCCUCUUCUUCCUCCUCUUCCUCACACCACCUCUUCCACCACCAUCACCCCUGCCAACGGUACUGUAGCUCCACGCUACCCCAGCAGGCCCCGGCCCGGCUCUCCAGCAUCUCCUCCCACGACUCGGGCUUCAUUUCUUCAUCACACGACCAAUACACAUCGUCCAAAUCCUCCUCGCACAUGGCAGCUGAAACAAAGCCAUGUCCCAGGUCCAGUUCCUCUGAGGUGUCAGAAACUGGGCAGCUCCACAGUGACUGCAGCUCCCCCUCUCCUCUAGCUGCUGCUAGUGCACCUCAGCACACUACUGACAAGUUGUCCAAUGGCUUUGACCACUACAGUCCGGCCAAUUCCUCUUACAUGCAUACCAACGGGGGGAGUUUGGGGUCAGGGUCAGGCACUGCCUUUCCCUUCUUCCCUCCUUCCUCCUCAUCCUACACCACCACCACCUCCUCCUCCUCGUGCCCCACUCGUUCAUGGUCACGUCCUCCCUCGGCCUUGCUGCCAGACCAACCUCACAACGGCCCGUUGGGCUCCCCCAUGGUGCCUUCAUCACGAGUCCCCAGCUGGAAGGACUGGGCUAAGCCAGGCCCUUAUGACCAGCCCAUGGUCAACACUCUGAGGAGGAAGAAAGACAAGGAGACCCCAGCUGUAGUGGACAGUAAUGGUAGCAGCCGUUCCUCAGGCCCAGCCUCGGCGCCAGCUCUAGCUGCACUACAAACAUCGUCAUCAGUGGAGGAGAAGAACAGAACUUUGGCUGCACCGCUCAAGGCUGGUGAUAUUGAGGCUCAUGAGGAAUUGGCUCUGGCCUUAUCCAGAGGUCUGGAGCUGGACACCCAGAGGUCCAGUAGGGACUCCAUCCAGUGUUCCAGUGGCUACAGCACGCAGACCAACACACCGUGCUGCUCUGAAGACACAAUACCUUCACAAGUAUCAGACUAUGACUAUUUCUCAAUGGCCGGGGAUCAGGAGCCUGAGCAGCAGCAUUCUGACUUUGACAAGUCUUCCACCAUCCCCAGAAACAGUGACAUCAGUCAGUCCUACAGACUCAUGUUCCAGAGCAAACGGCCGGCCUCCACAGCCGGCCUGCCCAGCACACACACUCCUUACCAUGGACAGGGGGCCUACUCUGCAGGGCCCUAUCCCCCCACACCUGUCCACACUGGGGCUUAUCCUUCAACCCUUACAGGAACAUGUCCAGGUCAGGGAUUUUUUUCUGGAUCCAGCUCCUAUAAUGCCUCUGGCUCGUAUUCUACAGGCCACGGUCCUAUCAUUGUCACCCCGGGGGUCGCCACAAUCCGACGCACCCCCUCUUCAAAACCCUCCUCCCGCCGGUCAGGCUCAGCUGUGGGCACAGGCCCCAUUCCUAUUCGUACGCCUGUCGUCCCAGUAAAAAUCCCUACAGUACCCAAUAUGACUGGAGCAGUAAAUGGGAGCAAGAUUGUAGAGGCGGUGGGAAGAGGAGGAGGAGGAAGAGGAGAAGAAAACCCAGAUUCUGUAACAUUUGCAGGAAGGGAGGAUGCUGGCACGCUGCCUGUGAUGUCCUGGAGUGGUCAGGCCACAACCAAUCCUCCCAAUGUACCCCUGCACAACCAGCAGCGCCUAUACAGUGAGAUAGGGCAGCAAGGAGGAGGUGAGGAGGCAGGAGAAGAGUUGGAAGGUAACAUGCUGGUGGCCAUCCGCAAGGGGGUCAAGCUCAAGAGAACCCUCACCAACGACCGCUCCGCACCACGGAUCCCGUGAUGACGCGACACAAAAACGCAUGUGAGCUCCGGCUCUCGCUUCGUUGCGUUUGUAAAUGAGGUCAAAGGCUUUUGGAGAAAAAAAAAAAAAAAAAAAAAAAAAAAGUACAGAAUCAAAAGGCUUCUUUUGCUAGUAUGAGAAAUGUAUUACACCUGUUUCUCAUUCUGUAAAUGUUCACCUGUGAGAGUCCCUCACUGCAGAAGCCAUCUUUGAUUCAAUAUGGAAAAUACAUAGAUAUGCUAAUGUUGUGCUUCACGGGUUCUGAAUUGGCCUAUGAUGCCUCAGAAAUAAUGUAAAGCCAAGUUCGUUAAAAUACUGGUUUUGACCUAAAGUGGGACACAGGCCCACUUGUGGUAAGUCGAGUAAUUAUACGAGUACAAAGAUAAGACCUAAGAAAUGAGGUUGAAUAAAGGUUGUUGGCCUAAGCACUAAAAUGUUUUUUGCAAAUCCGAGCCCACAGCUGUCUAAUGCCAGAGUCAAACAUGAGGAUGUUUUUUGUUAAUAAAUCACAAGAGAAGGACAGAGUAGCAUUACACCACAGUAUGUUCAUUUCUUUAAGACGACAGCAGAGACGUAUUUUACACACAUGCAUCCAGUAUUCUUCCUGAAGCAGAGGGUUGGACAAGGACAAUGUGUUCGCCUCUUCUCAGUGUAAAAAGGACACUGUGUGAACGAACUCUCAUUGUUUUGGGAGCACUUCACCAUCGUGGGACAAAUGAUCCUUCUAACUGCGUCCAUUUGACAUCUCCUGGAUUGCAUCGUCUGUGUCCGUGGAGGGGACGCCCUGAUGGCUGUAGGAAGGUGCUGUGUUGUCAUCCACUCACUGUUCAAAUGCUUCAUACUUGAGAUAUCCACAGAGCUGACACGGACAGAGGUGUGGGCGACACAGAGAGCUCCUCGAGACGCUAAAGUGAACUUCCACGUCAAAGUGGGAGGAGACUACAGUGUGACUAAAGCGUCACAUGGUUGAUGCCGUGACAUUAACAGCUACUACGAGUUACGUCCUGUUUGAGUUGUUUUAGUAUUCACAUGAUUUGUAAAUAGUUUUGCAUGUCUCUGUUGCUAAUGUUGGUGCUUCUUACUGUGUAUUUCCUUCUGCUGCUCCACAGUGGCACAAUCGUUAAGUUUCACAUCUUUAAACAGGAUAGUUAUUCAUUUCAUAUAAUGAUCAUCAAACCUUGUUACCUUUGGGCAGGAAUUCAUUUUAUUUUCAUCAUUUUUUCCAAGUAUGAAUCUCAUUUAAUCUGCAUUAUCUACAUGCUGAGCUUUGUAGAACUCCUCAGUGGUUCGUGUUUAUAUAUUAGCCCUUAUAUAUAUAUAGUAUAUAUUAGCCCCUUGUUUUUUGUAGCAUUUAUUAGCCAUAUUAUUACACACAUAGCCAUUAGCCAUAACAUUACUAAUAAAUGUCAAAGUACAGAUGUGCCAUUUCAAAACUCAACAUUAAAUCAAAUUGAUAUAUAUUGUAAACUAUUUUAUCAGACUUUUUUUUUUUUUUUCAGGACAAAUAUUUUUUGAUGUUUCUGAAGUUCUGAGUAGAAAGCUGUAAUUGGUAAUGCCACACCGGUUCUAUCGCUCUGUCUGGUUGCUGUUGUAUCAAACUCAUUGUUGUCUGCUUUGAAACGCAUGUAGCGUGCACGUGUCCUGUUGAUUAAUUAGGUUUUUACUUUUGCGUCCGUCAACUCCAAUUCUAGUGUUUGGAUUUUUUACAGGAGCAACAAAGGUGGCAAGUACAUACGUGUGGAUUUUGUUACACUUAAAACUCGGCGAUCACACCGAUGUGCAUCGUGGAACUUAAGAAGUCCAUCACCAUGGGUACAAUAAGAUGUUUGGGAGAUGAUGACUGCAGCGUUGUGAGACUAUCGGCUGAAACCAGUUCGUAUCUCCGAGUCAUUGCCUGUAUUUUCAUUUGCAUUUCAGUUCAAGCACUGUGAGACCAUGGCUACUACAAGAUGUGUGAAACUGUAAAUGUUAUUCAGCUUUACAGGUUAGUCCAAGAACUCACUUAUUUUAUUUAUUUUCUUCUGCUCAGUGUUGUUGUUUUUUCCUCAACCUAUUUUUAUACGUGUAUAUAUAAACUAUCGGAGUAAUAGAGUUGUUUCCUCUGUCCAUGCGUGUACUAUCUGAUGUGUUGUUUCAUCAGUGAAAUGUUUAUGACCGCCCUGCUACGAUUCAUUGACGUCCCAUAUUUCACACACGCGUAAUUGCACUUCAUUUUGAUAAUCGCAUAAAUGCUGGCUGGUUUAAAAAUUAGCAGUAGCUACAACAAAGUGUGUUCCUCUUGAAACAUGAUUUAAAAGGUUUUGGUUGUAUAAUGGUGAAGCCUGCAUCAGUAUUAUGGGUUGACAUGUUCGGGACGAACGGUAUUUGCAUGAUUGAGGGCUGAUUCCAGACCAGUUUCAGUUAAGUCAAGCAUAUCUUCAGAAGGAGUUUGCCUGAAUCAUUGUUUUCUAAUUUUUAGAAAUGAAUAUGUUUCUGCUUAACACAUAUUUUGGAGCGACUGAGCUGAGAGCAGACCGAUAACAGCCCUGAUAUCAAGUGUUUGCUGGAACAGAUGGUGACAAACGUUUAGCUGUUCCCUGAAAAUGAGUUUAAAAUGUUUGUACCUGUUAUUUACAACUCAUUUCAGGCAAAAUGUUAUUGAACUGUUCAUCUGGUCGGCAUCAAAUCUUAUUAGGUUUAAACAAAUGGCACACUGUCCAGUGUCUGGCCUGAUCUGACCUGAAGUUUCCAAAGACAUCUCGGCAUGAAAAUCCUUUCUGUAUAUUAAACAGAUUUCCUAUGUGUUUAAUGUAAACAAAGGUACAAUAGCAGAAAUGUCAGCAAAAGAGGUGAUGAUGAGGGCUGUAAAACAAGAAAGAUAUCAUCUCUGCCUGCAUUAGAACCAUAGUGUGAACAGGGAGAUGCACCACAAACCACUUGCAUACAUGAUACCCCUCUACUGUCUGAUUUCAACAGAGCAAAGAUGAUAUUACUUCCUAGAUGUUUCUGGAAACCCAGCUUCUGGAGAUUGUUGAUGUAAAUAUUUCUGUUUGUUUUUUGGCCGUCCAACCUGUCUAAAACGUAUAUUAUCGACCUGUAACUUCCAUAUUUAAAUUGCUAGCAUAAAUAUAUAUUCUAUCAGAGUUGCCAAAAGCCAGUAUAUCCUAUAAUUCAGACGUUUAUAGUUUGAGGGUUUAAAAGUACAAUAUUCCCUGGAUUCUAGUUUAGUUUUUAGCUUAUUGUUAUUCCCCCCCGAGGAGAGUUGACCUCUCUGUCUAUCUCUGUACAGUUCAACAGGCUAUAAUGCAGUUUGUUUCAGGAAGUAAAAGGUUGUUAUUUUUUGUGUAAUGACAGCUUGAGCAAUAUAAUAAAAAUAUAAAUUU